UUGUCUUUAUUUGAUGAACAAUUUUACAAAAGCUAUAAAAGAGAAUGUCAAAAUGCAACAAAAAAUAAAGUUUUUAUAUUUAAAAUGUAUAUGAGUAAAAUGCAUGAUAAGCCUUUUUUGUCCUUUGGUUUCUUUAUCUCCCUUUUUGGAUUAUAUCUGGCUAGUUUUGGAUAAUCUUGCUUGGACAGUAAUUACACGAGAACAGGUGCAGCAUCAAGGGAAGAGAAAGAAAGAUGGUGGCUCAGCACCUGAAGAACGGGGAGACUAUGACAAUCAUCUGUAGAUCGACAGAGGGGCGUGGAAAUGCGUUUCUGUCGAUCUGUAGCAGCUUGGAUAGGCUUGAGCCCUCGCGCGAUCCUGACCUGGAUAAGGGGAAGAAGAUGGAUGUACGGAUGGAUUUUCAAGAACACCUCGACCUCUCUGGGAGCUAAUAUUAAGUACCAUGGACUGAUAAACCUGGGAGCAACAUGUUACCUGAACAGUGUGCUGCAGGUGUUGUUCUUGACCAAAGACUUCAGAGACGCUGUGAGAAGGUUCUCCAGUAAAAAUCCUCACACUGAGUUUAUUGAUCAUCAUCUUCAAGACUUGUUUGAUGAUUUACAGAAACACACAGCAGACACACAUAAAAUAACAGAGAAGCUGGGCAUCAUCAGAGUGAACGAACAGCGUGAUGCUCCUGAAUACGUUGAGAGGAUUUUAAGAAUGAGCAGUCCUGAGACAUCACAGGUCUUUCAUGGUGCUUUAGCAAACCAAAUCACCUGUUCUAACGGUCAUACAGAGACUGACAGACUUGCACCAUUUUGGCAUCUUCCGCUCCCGUUGGUGGAUUUUUGCAAUAAAGACUACAGUGUGGUGGACGGCAUUGAGGAGUUUUUCAGACCUACAGAUUUAAAUGGAGAAAACCAGAUGUACUGUGACCGCUGUGGCCACAAAGUUGAUGCCACUAUUACAGAUGUAAUAAUUCAUCAUCCAGAUGUUUUGAUUCUGCUACUGAAGAGGUUUGAGUUCAACUACCAUCACAUGAAAUACAUCAAAAUCAACUGUUCUGUGGACGUUCCUGAAACCCUGCAGAUACCAAAGAAUAUGACCUAUGAACUGUAUGCAGUUGUGGAUCAUUUUGGUGAUCUAAGGAGUGGCCAUUACACUGCAACAAUCAAGACUCAGGAGAAACAUGAAGAGAGAUGGUAUCAGUUUAAUGAUACCAGGGUCACACUGCUUGAUUAUCAGCCGUUACAGGUGCAUAAGAAGUCCCAGAGUGCAUAUCUUCUAUUUUACAGAAAGAAGAAAAGCAAGAAGCAGAAAAUGUCUUCAUGGUUACUGUGUGUGUUUGUUAUUUUGUCUGUAUUUAUUUUAUGUUAUUUUGUACUUUAUUAUUCAUGCUGUAAAUACUUAAAAAGACUGAGAGGUGUGCCCCACUGAAAGGUUUCCACCUGCUGCCAGUGGCAAAUAUGACCUGUGUCAAUAACCUGAAAACUGAGAGAGAGGGAGAAGAGGCUCAGGAGAAAACAAAAGUCAAUGAUCACACCACAGUGACUGAUUUUACACACAACAAUGAAGGAACAUAAUUACAGAGAUAAUUAGUGCUGGAUCUGAACUCUGCUGUAAAGUAGAUGAUCCAGACACUGAUGUUUACGUCCCCCUAACAAGCUCAGCUUGCUUGUAUGCAAAGAAGUUCAGCUAUAUGCUUCAUGAUGCUUCAUCUUUGCCCAAUCUUGCCCCAUCUUACCUCUCUGAGCUUCUGCACCCCUACAUACCUUGCCGGGCUCUCAGGUCAGCGGACCAACUGCUCUUGGAGGUACCAAGAUCAAGAAGGAAGCUCAGAGGGGACAGGGCUUUCUCUGUUGUUGGUCCUAAGUUAUGGAAUGACUUGCCUUUGCAGGUUAGAGCGGCCCCUUCACUGUCCACUU